AUGGAUUAGGAAUAUGACUUAUAAUUAUAAGUAACUAGAAGCAAAAUCAACCAAAAAAGUUAAGUACCUAGGUUUGCUUUUUAAAAUAAUCAACAAAAUUUUGAUGAGUCCUUAAAACAUUUGUCAUUACAAUAGACUAGAAUUACUUAAUUGCCAGAAGGAAUGUAAAAACUAAAAAAAUUGAUAUCAUUGAAUCUGAAUGACAAUUAUAUUAAACAAUUAGAUUACAAUAUAUUGGAUGGAUUAAAGAAUUUAGAAAUAUUGUUCAUCAGAAAUAAUCUAUUAUAAGAAUUCUAAUUUGGAAGAUUCAAGCCUUUAUAAUAACUAGAUAUUUCACAAAAUCAUAUUAAGAAGAUAUCUAAUGACAUAGGGGAUUUAUUGUCACUUGAUCAAUUAUUCAUUUCACAUAACAGCUAUAUGGAAAUACCAAGGAGUAUUACAAAAUUAAAAUGUAUUAAAGUAAUUAAAGUAGAUACUUUAAAUGUGUUCUAAUUAGAUUGGUUUAAGUAUGGAGAUCCAGGAGUUCAGGAGUUAUUUCAAUCUUAAGAUUUAAUAUAUUAGUUGUUGCAUACAAUUGAAUUAUGUUGUACAGGUGAAUCUAUAUCUGCAAAGCAAUUAUUAAGCUCAAUUGCAUAUAAAUAAUUUGCUUUAAAAUACCAAGACAAAGACAUUUAAAUUUAAUAUAAAAUACAUUAGACAAUUUUAGAUGAAGAUAUUGGUAUGCUGAGAACAUUAUUGUCAGAACCUAAGAAAUUCUAAAUUGAUGAAAUUAAUUAGGAUGAUUACUCUCCUUUAGGAUUGUCAAUUUGGGAAGAGAAAUAUUUAGCAGCAAGAUACUUAUUAUAUGCAAAUGCUGACCCUAAUAAAGGAGCGUAUGUUUAUAAUUAAUAUAUAGUUCAUGGGCUAGGAGUUGUUUGAAUAUUGCAGUAUCAAAAUUAUAAUAUUAUUUAGUGUUUGAUUUAAUCAAGCGUAAUGUAGGAUUGCAUGAAUUGGAUAUAUAUGGUAAUAAUAGUAUUCAUUACUUAUUUUGUGUUUAUUAAAUGA